AACAGAUUAAAUGGUAAUCAAUUGAAUUCAUCUAAUGCUUUAUAUACCUUUAAACUGAUAUGUGACCCAGUCAUGGUGUUUAAAUGCUCAAAAUUAUUGAAAAGGUUAAAACUACUGACAACAGCCCAAAACUACUGAGAGAUGCCCUUCAUACUACUGAGAAGCAAUCGGUAGGGUAAACAGGUCUUAAAUAAGUGAGAAAAUACACAACCCGUGUAACCUUUUCUUUUACUUCUGCACCCAUCAAUAAACACAAUUUAUUCAGCAGGGUAUAACAAUUCAACGAAUAGCUUGUUUUUAAUAUGUUUAUUGUAAAUACUUAAAUUUGUUCUUAUAGUGUCUCAGCCCAUCUCAAAUCUGUAUCAAAACCAUUGUAUCCUACAGAGAAAAAAACUUGCAAACUCUGCAUUUAUUACAAGUAGUUUAGUUUCUACAUGUCUGUGGUGACUGACUGAAGGCUUUUAGGCACAUGUGCUCCACUAAAGAAUAUAUAGUCCCAAAAUUCUGUGAUUUAUCCUAUUUAACAACAAUGGCAAAGGGGAUUGCACUAAAACUUUCACAUGUAUAUGAUUUUAAUGAAGAAGAUUAAAUAAAGAGCGAUUUUGUCUGUGGCAAGUUUUGGAAGAAUUAUGACCCUUUAUCUUUGUUUUAACUAUAAAAUUAUAGUCCUAAAAUGUUCUGUUUUCGACACUUUUAUGACUGCUUUGUUAAUUGUGUUCAACUUUUCAUAGCUGAAGUAGUUACAUAUGCGAAUAAUUGAACAAUUAAAUUAAUUAUAAUGACAUGCCUUUUUUUCAAAGCAAGAAUACUUUACUUGUGACUCAUCUGGUGUCUCUUGUAUUCAUACACAAUUGCUAUAGAUAUGCUCAUCUAAUGAGACCACAUUUGACUGCAUUUCAAGUUUCAUUAUCUUAUCAGCUGCGGUUUUAAAGUCUUUACUCUUAGGCCAUACACAUUCUAAUACGCAGUGGAUUCCAUGAGGAUAACAGUUAUUAAAUCUGAGUAGUGGUUAUAUUUGGGAAUAGCAAUUUUGUGUUCAUUUUGAAGAAAAAAGUUAUCUUGAUUAAACGUAAAGUUAUAAAUUCUUACAUAGAACCUUCACAGAUAAUUGCCAAUUGUCCCUUACCAUGGACAUGGGGAAUACAGAGUCAGACACAACAUCCGUAAAUGCGGAAGGUCAGGGGGAAGAUCAACAGUCUUCUGUGAAUCAUGAAAAUGCUUUGAAUCCAGGUGAUUUGAGAAUAUCAGAGGCUCAUGAAGAAGGUGAAGUUUUAUCAGAAAUUGUAGAUUUAACAAAAGCCGCUGAAAUUACACUGACUCAAGUGAAUACUGAUGAUAAUUAUAAAGUUUCAGUUGCACAAGAUGAACUGUCCAAUCUAGUCACAGCUUGCGGUGCUGAUAAUAGUGAAGAUAGAGCCAAUAAAAGUUCACUCUCUGAAGUACCUGGUUCUGGUAAUAGUGAAGCUAGAGCCAGGAAAAGUUCACAAUCGAAAGUAGCUGGUGCUGAUAUAAGUGAAGCUAGAGCCAAUAAAAGUUCACAAUCCGAAGUAGCUGAAUCUGAAAAUUGUGAAGCUGAUGGUGAGUGUUAUAUUCAGUCUUGUCAUGUGAAAGUGGCCAGUGAUGUUGAUAGAAGUGAAUCAAUCAGAAAUACAGAAAGUCAAAUUACAGAAAGAUAUGCUGCUGCUUCUAAUGAUGAUAACAAUCAUGCCUUAAAAGAAGAUGAUUGGUCCUUUCAAGUGAAAGUUGCCAGUUUUACUGAUACAUGUUCUAGUAGCGACACAACAAAACCAGAGGAAAUUCGUCUGGUUGAAGAGUGCCCUGCUAUUGAUGGUCAAGUCAAAGCUGAACAAGGUGAUAUGAAAGUUGAUAAGGCUAUUGAUGCGAGCUUUUCUACUUCAAUAAAACAUCAACAAUGUCAACCAUGCUUUUUUGAUGAUGAAGAACGGGAAGCUAGUGGAUUUUGUGUCAACUGUUUAGAAUAUAUAUGCAAUGACUGCAGUCGUGAUCAUCGAAGAAAUAAAAUCACACGAGAUCAUGUGGUUUUGAAGGGAGAUGAAAUGCCUGAAGAUUCUACGCAGUUUGCUAAAAUUAAGGACUUAAUGAAAUGCCCACUUCAUGCUGAAAAUGAUAUCUCUUUUGAAUGUAAAGAUCAUGGGAAUUUGAUCUGUGUGUCAUGUUUUACCGAAAAUCAUAGAAAAUGUGAACAUGUGCUUGAUAUAGCAGCCAACGAAGAUGCCCAAAAAUUCAUGGUGCAAGCUCAAUUCAAUCAAUUUGAGGUUUUAAAAACAAAGUGCAGAAUAUUGGCUGAAAAAAAGGAAGGUUACAGAAAUAUUCUCAUUAAAGAGCGUCAGGAAUUGGAAGACAAAGGGCGAGCUCUUGCAGCUGAGCUAAGAGAACAUCUAGCUGAAUUGGAAGCUCGAUUUGAGAAAAAACUUGGAAAUCUGUUUCGCUUUGAAAUAUUUAGAUUAUUAAAGGAGACAGACAUGAUUACAGAACAUCAGAGGACUUUGGAUGAACUAAAUGGAUUGGUUUCAACUGUUGGAAGACAUGGCAGUAAGAAAGAGGUAAUUAUUGUUAAUAAGUACAUCCAGGACAGGCUAAAAAAAUGUGCUGAAGAAUUAGAUCAAUCAGAUGGUAAGGAUCAAAGGCAUUUAAAACUGACACAAACAUUUGACAAAAAAAAAAUAACUUCCUUGGCUACUUUGACACUUUUGAAUGAAUCUUUAGUGCAGACGGAGAACAGUAGUGAUAUUUUUCCUGAUGCAUGCGAUCCUGAUGUCAAACAUCCAAAAAAAGAAAAAGAGAAAAAAGAAGUAAAGCAUGUCAAAAAGAAGCCAACUAAAACAAAUGAUAACAUUCCAAAAGUAGAAACAGAGAAAAAAGCCAAUCCCACCAAAAAGGUGUCAAGAAAGAAGAAUAAAGACGCUGUCAGUCAAGGUUCCUCAAAGCAACAAACCACAAACAUUCAGACUAAUAAGAAAAGCACUGGUAACACUUCCUCAUAUAUACCUAGAGAUUUAGAACCUCUGCAGAAAACAUCUCCAAAUCCAAAUUUGUUCAUGAGCAAGUGUUUCGAAAAGAAGUCCUUCAAUAUAAGAUAUAAAACAAAUGUUGAAUCAUGUCACAUAAUUGACUGCACUAUGCUGCCUGAUGGACAGAUGGCAUUUCUUGACUAUGGUAAUAAGUCGCUAAAGCUUUGUUCCCAAGAUUUUGUCAUUAAAAUGAUGUUAGAGUUCAAUGACAGACCAGUAAGUAUUUGCAGUCAAACAAAGAUGGAUGGUGACACUUCAAAGAUAUUCAUAAGCUUUGAAAAUAGCAAACAGAUUUUACAUUAUAAGGUCACGCCAACAGCAAUGACAAAAGCAGGCAGCUUUUCUGUUAGUUUAUAUCCAAUAUGCAUCAGAAUGGUUGAUGAAAGUUUGCUGAUCCUGUCAUCGAACAGAAAAAGAGACACUUAUUCCGAUGGAUUAGAUACUGUUGAAGUAAGUUUGCGUGGACAUAAUGGGAAAUUAAUUAAGGAGAAAAAGUUAAGCCGCUCAGACGAUUGUUUGUUACAUUCAAAGGUUAUUUUAGUUUCUGGGUCAACCCUUAUAUCAGCAGGUAGGGUCAUUGCAGGUCAUCACUUUGAUCCUCAGUCGGAAGAUUGGAUUGGAAAGCAGAAAUGGGUUUUGUCGACAGAUCAGCGGGCACCAUAUGUUGAUGCAGAUGCAAAUGGGAAUGUCUAUGUUUGUAGUGCAUAUACUGAUGUUGUUCAACAAGUGAUGGUUUCUCAAAUUACACCAUUUUUGAAUAGGGCCUUCCUUUCUGGUGUUAAGCAAGCAACGUGUUUGUUUGUUGAUUCAGAAAGGCAAAGGAUAAUUGUUGGUGCAAAACACGAUGAAGUCGUGGUGUACACAUUUUAACAUUCUUUUAUAAAAAAAAUGUUUCAUUAUUGCUAUGAAAUUUCAGGGUUUUUUCACUGUUUUAUCUUAAAGCCACAUGCCAUUUGUAUAAAUUUUGUAGUAAAGGAAAUAUUUUCUUCCUUUAAAAAAAUCAAGAUAUUUGUAAACUAUUAACUUUUAAAAAUUGAAGGACAUUUUCAUCAUUUGGCAUGUUGUAAACUGGAAGCAGAUUGUAAAGCUUCUUGAUAAUUCAAACUGACAACUGCAUGUCACGCACUGUAAAAUCAAUUUAUUUGUUUAAAAAUAAAUAUAAAAAAAGACUUGUGGACAAGUAUAUUUAAUUUUGUGGAUUUCUGACUUUGGGAAAAAAUAUGAAUUAGCAUCAGUAAUUGUCAGAUGUUUGUGUAAUAUGUGUAUGGGUCAACCCAAUUUAAAAUCUAUAAAAAUGUAUGUCCCUUGAAUAAUAAUGAUUUUUAAACUGACAACUGACAUGUAACAUAAGAAUGGACUACACUAUUUAUUAUAUCACAAAGAUUCAUUAAGCAAAUGUGUACUAUGUCUUCAAUAUUAUUGCAGCUUUCUUAUUGUUCAUGUCAACACUACAUUCUGAUAGGAUUACCAGACUGCAUGACAUUUUUUCAUUCCAUGAAUGACGUUAUUUCAAAUUAUGUUUUAUUUUCCCCCAGCAUACCAUACACCAAUGGAGAAUAUGACUAAUCAAUUCUUAAAGGAAUAUUUUUAUCAAAGUCAGUGUAGAAAAGGUGAUCUGUAGAUAUUUGCAUCGAUUUCUGUUAAGGCUGUUCUUAGUGAAAUGUAUAAGGAAUGAAGAGUGAUUAUGUGAGUCAAUUGUGAUGUGCAUUAUUUUAUAUGAAUGUCAACUGUGUUUUGUGUGAAGUGUUAGAAUGCAUGUAAAAUAUGGUAUGCAAAAAGUGUGUUAUGUUUGUAUAACAUGUAUAUAUUGAAAACUGUUAUGCUUUCAGUAUGUUAGACGUUUAAGUUGUAACAUUUCUGUGUAAAGAGUAGGGAUAUGUUCUAAUAUUGUGUGAUUUGUGUUAUGUCUCAAUGGCAAAUUUUCUGAAGUGUGUCAUGCAUAAAGAGAAUACUAAGUGAAGCCUGCUGUAAAGUUUACAAAGCGUCAGGACUGUAAGAUGUCACCUUUUAUUGUUAAUUAUUGUAUUGUUAUGUCAGAAAGCAAUCUCAUUAUUAUACCAGCAUUGCACUGUUUGCUACUGAUUAUGUAUGGUAUUAGGUGUUGUUUAAUUAAUGUUUAAAUUGAUGUUGUUCUCUUAAAGGCACUUUGAAUGCUUUACAUUUUCACAUUUUCCUCAAUUAUUUAGCAACUGAUGUUGUCAAAGUUUUUAAUAUAAACAACUAAACCAUACUGUAAAAUCUGUUGGAAAAUAUAUAAGAAUCUAUCCAUGAUAAAUUAUCACUUAAUGCGAUAUAUAUCACUCUAACAUAAAAUCCCACACUCUGACACAAUUAAAAUUACUUUCAGUGAAAAUCAUCAAACAGCAAAUCUCUAUCAAACAUAUCUUAAUUAAGUGUCCAUUCCUGGUUGUACAGUAUCAUGUAUGUCAACAAAUUGCUAUGGUGACAGACUGACACAUUCAUCUCAUUGGGAACCUAUAAUAUCAGCUGAAUGUUGAUUGAAUGUUCAUCUAUACCUGUACGCUUCAAAGGGUUUAAUGUCCUGUCUUUACAACCAUGUUAAGCUUUUUCACUAAAUACUAGUAUAAUAUAAUGAAGAUGGGGUAAUUUAAAUUUUAAGAGCAAACAUAUAAAAUGUGUGAUGUGAAACUGGUGUUUUGCAUGUGUGGUAGGUGCAAUACAAGCUUAUUUUCAAAUACAUGGUUGAUCGCCCAGUUAAAAUCAUAUUUGCACAAGUACACUUUUUAAUCAAGUAUGAGAACAGAUAUGUUUAUUUGAUCAUAUUUUCUAUAAGAAAAAAAAAAUGAUUUUUUUUUAAUCUUGUUAGCAUGCUUCCAUCUGGAUGUUCAGCAAGAAGAAACCAUACCCGUACACGGUCCUGUGCUCAUAUUUACAUGGCUUCUUAGGGAGAAUUUAGGAAAUUCCUUCAAUUGAUACCAUUCCUGUAGCCUCGUGCCAUUUUGUGUAUGUAAAAGGCCUUUUUACACUAAAUGUUUAAAGAGAGUAAACAUUGCUUAAAUGACUACAAUUGUAUGAUUUUUCAAGCAGAAACUAUUGGAUUUCUAAAAUAUAAUUGAAAACCCUUAAAACUUACAUUAAUACUUUCCAAAAAGAGCUAUUUGCAUACCGGCCUUUAGAUAUCUUAGAUAUUUAGAGUGUUUAAGAUUAAAAAUCUUAAAGCACAUUAUUAGCUCAUCUAUUUUUUGAAAUCACCUUAGCGUCGGCGUCCGGUUAAGUUUUGCGUUUAGGUCCACUUUUCUCAUAAAGUAUCAAUGCUUUUGCAUUCAAACUUGGUACUGUUACUAACUAUCAUGAGGAGACUGGGCAGGCAAAGUUAGAUAAAUUAGGCUUGCAUUUUGACAGAAUAAUGUGCCCUUUUUAUACUUAGAAAAUUGAAUAUUUUGGUUAAGUUUUGUGUUUAGGUCCAUUUUAUUCCUUAAGUAUCAAAGCUAUUGCUUUCAUUCUUGCAACACUUACUAACUAUCAUAAGGGGGCUGUGAAGGCAAAGUUAUGUAACUCUGACUGGCAUUUUGACAGAAUUAUGUGCCCUUUUUAUACUUAAAAAAUUAAAAAUUUGGUUAAGUUUUGUGUUUAGGUCAACUUUUUUCCUAAAGUAUCAAAGCUAUUGCUUUCAUACUUGCAACACUUACUAACUAUUGUAAGGGGACUGUGCUGGCAAAGUUAUGUAACUCUGACUGGCAUUUUGACAAAAUUAUGGACCCUUUAUACUUGAAAAUUUGGUUAAGUUUUGUGUGGUCCACUUUACCCCUUAAGUAUCAUAGAUAUUGCAUUCAUACUUGGAACACUCGCAAACUAUUAAAAGGGGACAGUAAAGGACAAGUUACAUAACUGUGGUUGUCAUUUUUAUGAAAUUAUGGCCUUUUUUUGACUUAGUAACUUUGAAUAUAUGGUAACAUUUUGUGUUUAGAUCCACUUUACUUCUAAAGUAUCAAGGCUAUUGCUUUUAAACUUCAAAUACUUUCAUGCUACCAUGAGGGUACUGUACCUGGCAAGUUGAAUUUUACCUUGACCUUUGAAUGACCUUGACUCUCGAGGUCAAAUUAUCAAAUUUUGCUAAAAUUGACGUUACUUCUUUAUUUAUGAUUAGAUUCGAUUGAUACUUUGACAAAACAACUCUUACCUGACAUACCACAAUAGACUCCACCCAAACUAUCCCCAACGCCCCCCCCCC